AUGUCGAACGAAACCGUGACUACCAGCAUCGACACCCCAACUGAGGCAGGAAACUACGCCACCAUUGUUAACGAUACCAUCAAUGGCAAGGCCAGUCUACUGAAUAAACUUGGGCAAUAUCUGUGGGACAAUCCGGAACUUAGAUUCGAGGAAACCAAGGCCCACGAUUACAUAACUCAGUAUUUGGAGUCGGAAGGUUUCAAAGUGCAAAGACAUUACAUCCUGCCGACGGCGUUUCGAGCAGAGUUUGGAGGCAACACGGAGCAAGGACCUACGGCCGUUAUCAUGUGCGAGUACGACGCCCUUCCAAACCUUGGACAUGCCUGCGGACACAACUUGAUCGCCGAAUGCUCCGUGGCGGCUGGAAUUGCUGUUAAGGAAGUGCUACAGCAAGAUUCGUCACUUGAGGGAAAUGUGGUGGUUCUUGGCACCCCGGCCGAAGAAGGCGGCCAGGGAAAGGUCUACCUGUUGGAAAAAGGAGCCUUCGACGGCGCGGACGUAGCGGUGAUGGCACACCCGACCACUGUCAACGUGGCGUGUCCCAUAACCUCCGCCCUUGCAAGAAUUAGUGUAAAAUAUGAAGGAGCCACGGCGCACGCCGGUGCCGCACCAUGGGACGGAAUCAACGCCCUUGAUGCUGCCGUGGGUGCCUACGUCAACGUGUCUCUACUCAGACAGCAAAUGAAGCCCGAAUGGAGAGCCACAGGAAUUGUUCAAGAAGGCGGGACGGUGUCCAACCUUAUCCCAGAUAAGUCUCAGCUGGAAUUCACCAUAAGAGCUCCAAAUAUAAACGAACUGAAAAGCCUGCAAACUAAAGUGCAAGCCUGCCUUAUAUCAGCUGCGGACGCAACCGGUUGCACCUCUGUCAUUGAGAUGGCGAGCCCCAGUGUUGAAGAACUGAUUUCUAAUAAGACGAUGGGACAAAUCUAUCAAAAAUACGCUGAAGACUUUGGUUUGGUCUUCGACUCAAGCAAUGAUGAAACCUCUGGAGGCUCGACGGAUGCCGGAAGUGUAUCUCAUGUGAUUCCUGUGAUUCAUCCCUUUUAUAAGUUGAACACGACAGCCACCAACCACACUGCCGCCUACGCAGACGCCACACACACUCAAGAAUCCUAUGACACCACACUGGCAGUGGCCAAAGCACUCGCACUGACGGCCCUGGAUGUGUUGAGAGAUCCGGAGGUGUUGAAAUCCAUAAAAGACGAAUUUAACGCUGAAAUCAAAAGAAAAAUGACUGCCACACUGUCUAAGCUGUAACAACUUAAGGAUGCACGAAUGUUGUUCACAGCAAGGCUGUCAGCUGUGUCAGCGCUGAACUAUUCAUUAAUGCGUUUGUAUAAAGUUUAUUUCAAGUAACGGUAACUGUAUUUAAAAGAAAAUGAGCACUUCAAAUAAAGACACGAUUCCUUCGUGAUUACGCUCUACACGACGGCGGACGUAAGGGCGCAAGUGUGAAGCGCCCAAUAGAUAAUUAGAUAACAAAAACGGUAUGAAUGAACUUUUGACAUUUUGUUUUAGCUAGCACGUUUUAGUUAGUUGCAGUCCGUAGUUAAGUGAGGCUAAAUCCGCUAAGAUUUAAUUCGAAAUUAACUUUUUCAGAGUUAAUUCGAAAUUAACUCUAAAAAACUGCGCGAGAGACGGACACAGUUUCGCUGCCGAAGAGGCGUCAGAGUGCGACAUGUGGAGAUGAGUGACAUGUGGUGGACGUGCUGUGAACACGUGACCAAAAGCCCGAUUUAAAAUUAAAAUUCAUCGCGUGCGUCUCACGUCGGUGCUCGGGAAGGUACUAACCUGUAUAGAUUUCACCGUGCUUUUUUCCUCGCGAUAAUAAAGGUAGCUCUGUACUGGAAUGGCUUAUUUGUCGUGCGUGCAAGAACUAUUGCCCGUUUUGUUACCUGACCCUGCUGGGCCAAACCAUUAAGUUCAAACACAGCGUCGGUACGUUUUUGUGGAAUAUAGAAGCCCUCGUUAUACUUAUGAAAGAGAACAAAGAAACAAAACAUUUAGCGCCUAACUCGUCUGCCCUGAUAACACAUUUGAUCAGAAUAUUAGUAUCCUAUAGAACUGAUUAUUAUCCAAAAGGAAAAGAAAACAUAACACAGCGGUUAUUUAUUCGCUUUGCUUCGCUUUGUAACUGUUCGGCACAACGAUGCUGCUCUAUGGCUCUUUAGGUCAAACAAGGAACAUCAUGUAGGAAUUUGAGCGGCAUUGCAAGAUGAAAGUGUAUUGACAUCUGUGCAACGUCGCGAUACUUUUUCAAAUAAAGCACUUUGUGGGGUUACAUUAGUUGAAUGUGGCAUUAAUUUUACUUAAUAUAGCGAGCGCUUCACAAAAAAUGUUUAAGGCGCCUACCUUUUAUUGCGAUACACAUGAAUAAUUGAUCUUUCAACCAGACGCUGCUCAAUUCGACAAACGGUGACAAUCCUCUUUUAAAUAAAUAUAAAUUUUCGUCUUUGUGGCAUACAUUUGGUCUUUGACGCAGCCUUAAAACAUAAUGGAGACAAAUCAGGCAACCUUGGGAGGCAGGCCGUCGGUCCACCAAAUCUAAUCGAUUGUCGAGGGUGUUGGGGUCAAGGAACCGGACUGCCUCUGGAGAGGCUUGUGGACGUGUGCUGGGGCACCGUCAUCUUGAAACCACACUGACUGCAGACUGUUCGAAAGAAGCUCUGAAAUUCGCUCGUUCACAGCUCCAUUUAGGACGAUGUGUGUAUAGGUAUUUGCAAGAAGGUUGCCUUAAUGAAA